AUGAAGUUUUUCGUUUGUGUAUUGUUGUUAGCUGUCAUGGUUACAGCAGAACCACCAUUUAGACAGAGGUUCUACAAGUUCCAGAGACAAGAAAUUGAAGCUGAUGUGGAAAAACAAGAGCCUAAUAACUUUGAAGCAGCUCCAUAUCCUGCAGCUGGCUACAGACCAAGUCAAGAGUUUAAUUUACCUUCACGCCAAGAAGUGGCUCCUCCAUCUACAUCCUAUGGUGUUCCUGACGAUAGCUACAGUGCUCCAGUAAUGUCUUACACAUCCCCUCAAGUAUUAUAUGGCGUUCCUCAGACCGAAUAUGGUGUUCCAGAAAAGGAAGGAGAAGUUGAGGAUAGAACUGGAAAACCUGAGAAUCAAGCUGAAGAGAAACAGUCAGAACAGAAACCCAAAGAAGGGGCUGCUGAAAAACUUACAGAGGAGCCAAAGCAGGACGCUGAGGUAGUUAGUAAUCAAGGUGUGUAUUACGUCCUGCUACCUGACUCUCAGCUCCAGCGUGUACAGUUCCAAACAGAAAACGAUAUCAGAAACAUGGCGUAUACCGCUCGUCUUCAGUACAAGAAUGAAGACCGUGCACCAGUAUACGUCUACACGACAGUUCCACAAUACCAGUCUGCAGCUUACGUACAAUGGUACUGA